AUGAAUUUUAUUUAUUUACACAGAAAAUCUUUAUCAUGUCGUAUCUUGUUUAAGUCCUUUUUAAAUUUCAAAAUGUACUGUACCAGAGCAUACCACGAAGAUAUUAAAACGUUCGUUUUUCUGGAUUCAGAAACUACAGGAUUACCCAAACUUGAACAAAAUAAAACCAGAAUAACUGAACUUUGUAUAAUUGCAAUACAAGCUGAACAUAUUCGAUUGGGAGUUUUCCCAAGGGUGCAAAAUAAAAUAAAUUUUUGUUUUAAUCCAAACAAACAGAUCUCACCUGAAGCCACAAACAUUACUGGUUUAAAUAACAAUUUACUCGAAUAUCAGCCUCAAUUUAAUUCAAAUGUGGCACUUUUAAUUAAAAACUUUCUUAAUGCACAUCAAAAACCAAUUUGUAUUGUUGCCCACAAUGGAAAUCGUUUUGAUUAUCCAAUUUUAAGGGCUGAGCUGAGCAGACAAAAUUGUAAUUUAGAUAAUGAUGUUCUAUGCAUAGAUUCACUAGAAGCCUUUAGACAAAUUGAACUGGGGGCUAACAAAAUUCCUAAGGCUGAACAUAAACAGAUACCAGUUGAAUUUAGCGAUGGUUACGAUCAAAUAUUAGUAGAGGCAGCUGAGGCUUUGGAAAAAUGCCUAAUAAGACAAACGGAAACACAAAACAAUAAGUUUGCAUUAAAAACAAUUGGUAGCACCCCAACAUCAAAUAAUAGUUUCAAACUGGGGGACAUUUACACAAGAUACACUUCUAAACAGGCAUCAAAUGCCCACAAUGCGGAAGGUGAUGUAAACAUGUUAAUAAUGUGUGCUGCAACAUUGGGAGAUGAGUUUGUAGACUGGGCUAAUAGAAAUGCAAAGAAAUUUUUAGACAUACCAAUUAUGACCCCUGGGAUGAGACUGUACUAACUUUGUAAUUUUAUAUUUGAUUUUUAUAAAAUAUAUUUUAUAUUUUUAAAGUCAA